GAUCCGUUAAAUCUUCGGGUAAAUCAUAAAACUGAUCGAAGCAAAUGCAAAUCUCACUCGAGAGGAAGAAGAUGGAAGAGAGUUGCGAGGAUUGCAUGAAAUGGGAAGAAGAACUCUACUGGACUCAUUUUCAAACCCUCCAUUUCACUCAGCUCCUCCUUCCUGGUUUCCACUAUCGCCUUGCCAUACCUCAAAAGUUUUCAACACAUUGCAAAAGGAAGCUACCUCAGAUUGUCACCCUCAAAAGUCCAAGUGGCGCUACUUACAGUGUGAGAGUAGAGGAAGAUGAUGAAAAGACACUGGCUUUUGGUUUUGGGUGGGACAAGUUUGUCAAAGAUCAUUCGCUAGAGGAGAAUGAUCUAUUGGUCUUCAAGUUCCAUGGACUGUCUGAGUUUGAAGUGCUGGUUUUUGAUGGACAGACUUUAUGUGAGAAACCCACUUCUUAUUUCGUCAGGAAAUGUGGGCAUGCAGAGAAGACCAAAGGUACUGAUUUUAAUGCAACCUCUUCGAGAACUCCUAAGAGACACUUUAACCCUGCUGUUGUUGAAACUACACCAAACCAACAACUUGUUAUAUCUCCGGCUGAUAAUGAGCUAGAAGACCUCAUUGACAUUGAUGUUGAUAUUGAUAUUGAUACAAUGCUAAAUCCGCUUCUUGUAGUAUCUCAGACCGGUUAUGAGCAAGAAGAACAUAUUAACCCUGACAUUGAUACAGCAUCUGCCCAGCUUCCUGUUAUAUCUCCAACUAGUACAGUACGAGUCAGUGAAAGGAAGUAUCAUCCCCUUAGCAGUUUUAAGAAGAUGCGAGGAGAAAUAAGUAAUGACAAUCUCGAUCAAAAAACUGACGUAGAGAUGAUUUCAGCUGGAAGCAAUAACAGAGCCUUAUCUCUGGCGAAGGGAGCCAUUUCGCCGGAUGGUUUCUUGGUGUUCAUGAGACGCUCUCAUGUUCUAUCGAAGUGUUUUCUGACAAUCCCAUACAAAUGGUGCGUGAAGAACAUGCUUAUGGCACGUCAAGAAGUGGUGAUGCAGGUGGAUCAAAGGAAAUGGGACAUGAAGUUUAACUUUUUCGGAGCUCGUGGUAGUGGUGGGAUUUCAACCGGGUGGAAGAAGUUUGUACAAGACAACAACUUGCGCGAAGGUGACGUCUGUGUGUUUGAGCCAGCGAAUUCUGUAACAAAACCGCUUCAUCUCAAUGUCUAUAUAUUCUGUGGUGAAGAAACGGAAAGAAGCAAGAAUGUUGACUCGGUUCACACAAUAAGUAGUGAAUAAGUAAUUAAGCAAGGCUACAAUGUUUUCUGUAACCUGGUAGUGUAAAGUAUGUGUAGUGUAGAUGAAAACUUGUGUAUAUAAAGGUAAACGUAAGAAUGUACUGUAAUCUAGCUCACUAUGCCUUUUUGGGUGUAUGUAUAUAACGGAACUCUUCUGGUAAUGCCUAUUUUCCUGUGUUGGGGCAUGCCAGAAGAAGUAAACCAACUCUUUAUCUUUUGGUAUAGUCAUGUUAAAUCAGUCA